CCUCAAAGCUAUGAGGGUUCCACUCCUUUUUGCUAUUCCUAAAUCCUAACCUAUGGUAAAGAACCCAAAUCAAUCCGCGUUAGGUGCUGCCCAUAAGGUUUUUGUUUUAGAUCUGGGUACCAGAAAAAGAAUUAAAUUGGCUCAUAAAAAGAGAUGGCCUUUCUGGCAAAUCUUCCUCUGAAGUGUAUGUAAUAUAUAGACACUUUGUCUCUUGCCAAUAACAAUUUCCCUCUUCCUCCAAAUGGAUAUGGCCAUUCAUCUUAGGAUUUCAAGAAACUGCCAUUUUUGGUACCUUCUCCUCUUAUUACAAGCCACUUGCCUCUUCUGCUACCAAUACAAGGUUGGAGAUUUGGAUUCUUGGAACAUUCCCUCUUCAGGAAAUUCCAAUGUCUACGCCAAUUGGGCAAAACAUCAUGUUCUCAAGAUCGGAGAUUCACUAUUGUUUUUGUACCCACCAAGUCAAGAUUCAGUAAUACAAGUGACUGCUCAAUCAUACAAGGACUGCAACACAAAAGAUCCAAUCUUGUUUAUUGACAAUGGCAACUCCUUGUUCAACAUAACAGAACCAGGGGACUAUUUCUUCAUUAGUGGGGAAAAGGGUCACUGUGAGAAGUCUCAGAAACUUCAUAUUUUUGUGGCAGGAGGGAAUGCUUCUUCAUCAUCUCCUUAUGAUGCAGUCUCACCCACAGCUUAUGGUCCAUCUUCUGCAGCUUCUGGACCUUCUGCCCCUAAUGUUUUUGGGUCUAUUCCUUUUCAAGGUUCCACUUCUUCCUCAUUGAAGACUCCAUUCUUUUUGCCAGUUUUCUUGAUUGGCCUGGUUUAUAUCUCUAUUCUUCAACAGAACCAUAUGUUUAUAAGGGCAGAUUGAUGCAUUCUUUCCAGCAGUUUGAUGUCUUGAUCCAUUCUUGAAAAAUUCAUGUGAUUUUAUAUUUUAGAUACACUUUGUGGUGGGUUCUUUAGAAGCAACUGUUGUAAAAUUAUUAUUCUCUUGGCAGGAUAUAUAUUUUUCCAUGUUUGAUGUCUUCCUACCCUUAUUUUUUAUUGAUGUGUUUAUAUUACUGAAUGAUGAUUUAUUAUAAGAAGAAACAUCGAUGUUAAAUCUACUGGAAUCUGACAUUGCAAUAUUUUGAUCAAAAUUAG